UCCUCCUCCUCCUCCAGCGAGCCUCCCAGCCGGGCGCAGGGUCUGCAGCAGCCGCCGCAGCAGUAAGAGCCAAGCCGUGCACCACUCAGCCACCCCGGGCCGCACCCUCGCUCCGUGGCGGCGCCCUAAGACGCCAGUCGCACCACGCACCGCCUGCGUCCCGCUCUCCGGCCACCGCUCCUGAACGCCGCCGCUGUGGCCCGCUAGCCGAGCUCAGAGGGCCGGCGCCGGCAGGAGUGGGCAGCCCAGCCUGCCCGCCGCGGGUUGGAGGUGGCUGCCGCUGCAGCCCUGGCAAAGCGCAUACUUCUAGGCAUACGCGCACCAAACGCCUCCUUCCUGCGCCAGGAGGAUGGAACAGCCGUCCCUACCCGGGACUGGCGCAAGGGUCCUAUGCCUGCAAGCUCUCAGCACCAGCAGCAUUGCCAACAGCUAAGACAGGCCCUGCACUGAAGGGGAACUUGGAUGGUGAUUCAGUGUGACCACCACAGUCCGAUUAAAUCGGGAAACUGAAGACCCCAGUCUAGUUCCUUUUGAUUUCAUAAAUUCAGAGUGAAGAAGACAAUUCUGUGUGCCGCAGAAUUCCAUCAUCUCUCUGCCAUCCGAUCUGUGUUGAAGACAGUGUCUUUAAAGAUCAUUUCCAUGCAGCCCACUCGAUAUUGCCUGGCAGCACAAGGGACAAGAAUAGCAAGGAGAACUGAAACCCACGGAAGAGCGGCAGCCUCCUCCUGCCUUGUGUACUUGUAGGACACUGCUCUGCUGGCCUUCUCUGUUCUAUCCAGAGGUGCUCACCGGAUGCUAUGAUGACUAAGGUCUACAAAGUCUUUGAACAAGAUGGAGUAAUUCAUCCUCUUCAAACUACCACCUUGCCCAUGGCACAGCCCAGCUUUACCCAAUUUACUUUGGAUACUGUGUACAGGUUUCCAAGCAAGGCCAGGAUUAAUAAAGAGACACAUGUGUUAGCUGCAGCCUUCUGAGUCACGUAUUAAAGAAAUCAAGGUGUGGACAGAGCUGGAACCAUUUCCACACGUGUUGGAAUAAAUGAGGAAUGGACUUGUGAUUAUGCUGACAUUCCAGCAUGAAUCUGGUAGACCUGUGGUUAACCCGUUCCCUCUCCAUGUGUCUCCUUCUACAAAGUUUUGUUCUUAUGAUACUGUGCUUUCACUCAGCCAGUAUGUGUCCCAAGGGCUGUCUUUGUUCUUCCUCUGGGGGUUUAAACGUCACCUGUAGCAAUGCAAAUCUCAAGGAAAUACCUAGAGAUCUUCCUCCUGAAACAGUCUUGUUGUAUCUGGACUCCAAUCAGAUCACAUCUAUCCCCAAUGAGAUUUUUAAGGACCUCCAUCAACUGAGAGUUCUCAACCUGUCCAAAAACGGUAUUGAGUUUAUCGAUGAGCAUGCCUUCAAAGGAGUAGCUGAGACACUGCAGACUCUAGACUUGUCUGACAACAGGAUUCAAAGCGUGCACAAAAAUGCCUUCAAUAACCUGAAGGCUCGGGCCAGAAUUGCUAAUAACCCCUGGCACUGUGACUGUACUCUACAGCAAGUUCUGAGGAGCAUGGCAUCCAAUCAUGAGACAGCUCACAAUGUGAUCUGCAAGACUUCUGUGUUGGAUGAACACGCUGGGAGACCAUUCCUCAAUGCUGCCAAUGAUGCUGACCUUUGUAACCUCCCUAAAAAAACUACUGACUAUGCCAUGCUGGUCACCAUGUUUGGCUGGUUCACCAUGGUGAUCUCAUAUGUGGUAUAUUAUGUGAGGCAAAAUCAGGAGGAUGCCCGGAGACAUCUUGAGUAUUUGAAAUCCUUGCCAAGUAGGCAAAAGAAAGCAGAUGAACCCGAUGACAUUAGCACUGUGGUAUAACGCUCAAACUGACUGGCUCCGAGAGAAAGUAGUUUGCUAUUGCAGUAGAAUAAGUGGUUUACUUCUCCCAUUCAUUGUAAACAUUUAAAACUUUGUAUGUCUGUUUCUUUUGAAUCAUGCCACUGUUGAAUUUUUAACAUAACAAAUGAUUUUAGUUUAAGUGAUCUACCCCCUUAACCAUACCCCUGAUGGUAUAUUCCUGAGUAAGCUACUAUCCAAACAUUAGUUAGAACCAUCUCACUAUUUAAUAAUGAAAUUUAUUUUUUUAAUUUAAAACCAAAUAAAAACUUAACUUUGAACCAUGGAAAA